AUGAAUAAAUCUUAUGAAUAUGGGGAGACUCUGUUCGAUAAUUUCAACUAUUCGACACUAUCAGAAACUUUAGGAGAUAAACAAAUGUAUAUACCCUUCAUGGUAUAUCCAAAGAAGAGUAAGUCUGGAUCGAUUGCUCUCAGAAAUAAAUUUGGAGCUCAUCCCAGAAAUUGUUCGGAAUCGGAUACAUACGUAUCAGCUUCACCAAGACAAAAUCGUUCCAAAAUUGAUUUAGAAUUAGAAAAUUUGGAAAGAAAUAAGGAACGAAUAAAAAACGCUAGGAAAAAACUUCAUGAAAAACUUAGUAAUAUGUAUCCGAGUGAAGACCAACUUUUUGACGUUUAUAUAGGCGAUUCCUAUGAUGUCGCCUCCGUUAACAGUUUUGGUAACAUAUUCGAGCGAAAUGGUGCAUAUCACAGGAAUAUGUCGAGACAAAGCUCAGAUAUAAAAGAACCGUACUUAUGCAAACGAAAAACUAGCGCGCCAACUCCGAAAUGCAAAGUUGAACAACAAGAAGAUAAGUUCUCACCGAAGUUUGUUACACAUCCUCAAGUUAAAAUUAUUCCUGAAAGCGUUUUCGAGAAAAAGUUUAAAACUUUUAUCGAGAAAAGUUUACAAGUGUUAAGUGAAAUUAGAAAUCUUCUCGAUAAAGGGAUAGAACCUCCAGACGGAGAUGAGGACAUUUCUAGAAGAAAGUUGCGUGUUAAAGAGUUUUCAAACAGAUUUUCUAGAAAUUAUUUGUACCCAAUAAUCAGACAGAUUGACGAUUUAAGUAGAUUUAAACAACCACAUAACAGUAGCAAUCAGAAAAUGUUAUCCGCUUAUCACGUUAUAUAUAACGGACUUCUUGCUUAUCAAAACCAUCUCCCGACGUCCAUUGGAAGCUGUUCGUUUGACAAAUUAAAAAUGUUAUUGAAACAUUCAAUGGAUCUUUGUGAUAUCCAUUACAAAUUAGUCCCCAAUGGUGAUGAAAAUGGAUAUAAUGACUUUAUUCAGAGUUACAAACGUAACGCUGAAGUAACUCUACAAAAAGCAGAAGACCAAUUAACAAAUCAUCCCGAUAUUGUAACUUCUUUGCAAUUGAACUCUGUUCAUUUUAGAACGGAACAUAAAACCCCUAAGCCUAAUAAAAAACCUAAAAAUAAUCUAGAAGAUCGGCUGUAUAUGUAUUCAUCUGCAACGGUACCCAAAAAAGAUUCCUUAUGGAAAAAAGCAGCUGAUGCUGUAGGAAAGAAGAAAUUAACUAUCAAAUCCCGUUAUAAAACGGCUCAAUUUAAGCAUCGGCCACCGUUGCAGCAAGUCAAGACUGAAAUAACAGUUCCUAUUGCACAAAGUAUCUGUAAGAUAUCAACCAAAAAAUCUAUAUCGGAGUUAAAAAAAGAUUGUAUUUCUCAUCCCAUUAAUGAUGAUAAUAUUUCAACAAUGAUACAAAUGGAUGAUGAAGCUAACGAUAGAGGUAAUCAAGAAAAAGAUGAAACCAACAAAGAGCUCAUGAAUCACGAGGAAAUUGUGGUGAAAUUGCUCCAGCUGGUACUAGAAAUGAAGGAGAAAAAGAAGAAAGAUAGUUGCGGUGGAAAUGAUCAGAGGUUCAACAAUGGGAAGGUAGCUGAUAUUCUCGAAAAAAUUAAAAGUAGUUGUGAUUAUGAAGUGUUAAAGAAAACCUUAAAUGAGUUAGAGUCAGAUGAAAAAUGGGAAAAUGGUAAUCUUGAAUUGAAAAUAGUCGAAAGUGCAGAAUCAUUUCCCAUGAAAUCGUCGAGAAUUAAAAAAGAACCAACAGUUACUGUAACCGGCGUAAAAAAUGCAAAAUUAAUUUGUAUUCAGGAUGACAAUUCCAUAGAAACAGACUAUGAUAAUAGUAAAGAUGACCAAACAGAAAAAAGUUUAAAACUUAAUUCUGACAUCCGGACUGAUUCAAGCAAAGAAAAUGUAAAAAAUGGUCAAAAACCAUAUACGAUGCUAAGCAUGAAGAGGUCCACUAAAUCUACUAAAUAUUUACAAAUGCUGCCAAAGGACUACGCACUCAAUAUAAUUCAGUAUAAAAUUGAUUUUCAUAAACAUUGUAAGAGUACUCCCAUGUAUAGAAAAAAUACAAAGAUGACGCCAUGGAUAUUAAUGGACCAAUUAUCGGACAAAAUACUCAACCUAGCUCUUCUUCGGGUUGCCAAGGAAGUAGAAAUAAGUGAAGUACUAGAAAAAAUGUAUCAAUCUGAACUCCAAUUUUGUUAGGACUCAUGUGUUCCUAUGGAAUACAUAAUAAAAG